CAAACACUGCACUCGUGUGUCAACACAAGUCUUGAGAUUAACCAUUCAAUCCAUACCACAAUCCAGUGAUCAUUGGCCGCAAUGUUUGCCACUCUUCACGACGAAGACGAUGACGACUUCCACGCGAGACCGGAGACCAGCACAAAACUGGCCAACCUGUUCGAGGCCAAUGACAUCCACUUAGACCCUGACACUUCCAAUAAGUCGCUGAUAUACACGCCACCGAAGCAGCCCAAGAGGUUCGAGGUUGCCAGUAAUCCGAGCGGUGAUAGCGCUAACGCCAGCCCCGGUAAUAGUGUCAUGACUUUGAUCCACGCCUCAGCCGUCAAUGUCUUUAAAUUUGAAAAUGAUAAAUACAGUGCUCGGGGUAAAUUGGGGGCCGCCCUACUGGGCAAUCACGACACCGGUAGCUAUAAAAUGGUUUUAUACACUGGUAAACAAAAGCACAUCACAGUCGCCACCAUUUCCGAGACGUUUAAACUAAUUUGCCAACCAAACAAUUACAGCACUUUCUACGACGACAACCGCCAGAACUGGUCCCUCAUGUUUGACACGGAAGCAGACAAAUGCGAUUUCGGGCGUCAGUUAACUGUUUGUAAAUACAAUUCGUGGCGAAAGUCUUCAGCGGACGAGCCAUCGAUUCUAACACAAGACCUGAUGUCUGGCAAUGAGAAUAGUGCUGUAGUGACACAACUGAAUGACAAUAUAGAGCUCCGGUAUAAGGGAUGGCUGUUUGACGAUAACCAAGGUUUAGGCAAAGUGUUUGUCAGUAUUGAUAGCAAAGUGAAAAAGCCGUUUAGAAUCAAAUUAGUGGACAAAUGGGUGGAUAUUCUGAAGGGUAUGCGAAUCGGUAGCAAAAGGUUUGCCAUAAUCUCUGAUAAGUUGAGGGAUGAGUUGAGAGAGCUGUUGGAAAGCGCACCGUUAGCUCAGACCAGUAGAUAUGGGUUUGAGUUUGAAGUCGUGAAAAUCCAGAGCAGAUCUGAUGCCAAACCAGUGGUUGAGACAAAAGAGCGCAAGAAUUCCUUCACUGAAUCCACUGAUAGCCAGAAGAGAUCGCAUUCCAACUCUUUGAGUGAUUCCGUCAAAGACGAGACACAGACAGCGAAGCCUAAGAGUGAUAUCUUGUCGCGAAUGAGUCGAAUGGGAGGACUGCCUAUACUUCCCAUGAGAUCCGAGCCGUCAGUCGCCGUUAAGAACGUAGAAACCGAUGAUACAACUGAUGCCCCGGAAGAUGAAGACACGAAACCAUCUCCAAAGCCGAGGAACAGUUCGUUGACAUCGAGCGGUAGUCAAGCGAAUGAAGUGAUGGCCGAUUUCGGUGGCAAAGACUCGAUGGCACAGAAUUGCACACAAAUUCCUGUCAAUCACUCAAUGACUUCCAGUUCAUACUCGACGCCAAUUCCGCCAUAUUUUGUGUCACAGAAUAUUGAGACCAAUCUGUCGAUACUGACGACCGAAACGCGAACUAAUAAUACAGAGAUUCGCAUGAAUUUGAGUAAAAUUAUAGAUAAAAUGGAUUCCCUGUCCGACAAAGUCAAUGAUAUUAAGUCUUCAUCCGCGUCGACACCAAUGAACCCGAUGUCGGUGUCGAGCAUUGGUUUCAUGGAUUCGGCGAUUCUGUUGAGUAGUAUUCAGCGAAUAGUUGACGAAAACAAUAGCCUUAAGAAGGAGUUGGAGAACAAGACAUCGAAUCUGCAGAAACUGAACGAAAAGGUUUGCGAUCUGUUGUCAACGCAAACCAUCGCCAGCAGUGGUACUCAUAAUAAUAGUCUACAAAAGGCUGAAGAGUUUGAUCGGCUAUUGAUGUCUGAGACGAGACUGAAGCGCGAGUUAACUGUUUUGACGGAAGAAUGCCAUCGAUUUCGGGCCAAAAAUGAGAGUUUGUCUGAAGAGAACCAACGGUUGAGACAAACGGUGAAUGAGUUGCGCACAGAAGUGGCCGAAAGACUGGCCAAUGAUAGCCAGCGCGAGCCCAAGGAGUUUAAGAGUCAUAUUAAACGGGCGAUGAAUGACGUGUUUCGUAGGUUUAGCGCUCAGAUCGAUGAUAAUCGGAGCUAUACUUCGGAUGAAAUGGUGGACAUUGUGUCCAAUUGUAUCCGGAGUGCGACUCUGGCUGUCAUCGACUCCAAUACCAAUAGCCGUACGAAUAGUCCGUUCCGGCAGCCGAUCGGUGAGAGCGACAAAAAUAGUCAACAAAAUAGCGGUAAAACUCUUGAGGAGAGCAAGAAGUUUGUGGGAAGUAGUGGUGAGAAGGAAGUGACGAAACCUCCAGUUCCGAGUCGUAAGACAAUCGAUGCCAACAAAGCCGUCAAUACGCCGGACACAGAGACUGCGAAAGUGACUGAAGAAACGAGUGAAUCGACUGAAUAACUAAAUAAUGAUAAUUCAAAGAUAGGAUGCGAACCUCUAAUGGAUAACUCAUUAUCAGUGAUAACUCAAGAUUUGACGCCUAUUAGUUCCCACUUCACCUCAAGAAGUUGUACUCAAAUCAAGGCUAACAACUAAAUACUAAUUUAUUUUUAUAUAUUUAGCACAC